UCAUCACAUACACGAGGGUGCUCAUUUGGCAACUACUAGGUGGGUUAUUGUUCCCCUCCACUACCGGGAACAAAAUAAAAUUGUACUUUUUAGAGUUGUUGCAGGGACCGCUCGGUGAAGCACGACGGUGGAGUUGGGGCUCAGCAGUAUUGGGGUUCCUGUAUUACAACAUGUGCAAGGCCGCCAAAGCGAACAGGAGAAAUAUUGGGGGAUGCUUGCUUCUAUUGCAGAUUUGGGCGUGGGAGAGAUUGCCCAUGGUGCGGCCGCGAAACGUUUUGCCAUAUGAGAAUCUACAGGAUAUGCCCUAUGGGUGCAGGUGGGCAUGUCGGCACAAUUGGGAACAAAGUUCUCGGUAUACUCUACGUAUUUAUCGAGAUCAGUUGGACGGGAUCCGAGAGAACGAGUUCGUGUGGCGCCCAUACGCAUUACAAGCCCUCCCCAGGUUCUGCGUCGCGGGAGUAGAUUUGUGGACAUCUAAUGUCAUGCUUAUAUAUUGUGACAUUUCUGAGAUGUACUACCCCGGUAGAUUUUGUCGUCAAUUCGGUGCAAUGCAACAUAUUCCUCCCGCAGCGGAAUCACAAGCUAGCCACCAUGCAAGUGGUGCAAAAAAUUCUGGAUGGCCAUUGACACUAUGGGCGGCGAGGCACAA